GAAUCCCCAUAUCACAAAUCACGAUAGAAGAAAAUAACUUUUCUCAGAAAUUGACAAAUAAUACUCCUUCUACUAUCUAGCGAAGCGAAGCGAACGAGAGAGAGAGAGAGAGAGAGAGAGAGAGAAAGGAUUUGCAGAACAAUGGUGUCCGACUCGGAGCUUGUCGGAAGGCUUCAGGAAUUUCUUCGAACUUCGGACCUUACCACCACCACCACUGCUAUCGUGCGUCGGAAGCUUGAAGAAGAUUUUGGAAUCGAUUUAUCGGAAAAGAAAUCAUUCAUUAGAGAGCAAGUCGACCUUUUUCUACAAAGCCAACUCGAGAAAACUGAGGAAGUAGAUGAAGAAGAAGAAGAAGAGGAUGAAGAGGAAGGAAAUGCAGGAGCAGACAAUGACGGUAAGCGGAAAAUAAAAUCCGAAGAGAAUAGUGGUUCCGAUUCUGAAGAAGAAGAUGAAGAUGCAGAAGGAGAAGUAGACGAAGAUGAAAAACCAAGACAUGGAAGUGGUAGCGGGAAAAGAGCCAGGUCAAGUAAACCUACCAAAGAUGUCAAAAAAAGAGGUGGUGGAUUUACCAAAUUAUGUACUUUGUCUCCUCAACUUCAAAAAUUUCUUGGAGUUCCAGAGUUGGCCAGAACUGAGGUUGUCAAGCAAAUCUGGGCCUACAUUCGAAAGAACGAUUUGCAAGAUCCAAACAAUAGACGAGACAUAAUCUGUGAUGAAAGAUUGCAUGAACUUUUUCGUGUUAAAUCCAUCAAUAUGUUUCAAAUGAAUAAGGCUCUGUCGAAGCAUAUCUGGCCACUGGAUUCAGAAGAUGCACAAAACAAGUCGACACAAAAAGAAAAGCCACGAAAGCAAGAGAGAAAAGAAGAUCCAAUUGAUCCGAAACCAAAAGAAAAACGGCAGAAGGGAGGAAGCUCUGGUUUUCUUGCUCCUCUUCAACUUUCUGAAGCCCUGGUGAAGUUCAUUGGUACCGGUGAGAGUGCACUGUCACGGUCGGAUGUUGUAAAGAGAAUGUGGGAGUACAUAAAACAAAAUAACCUUCAGGAUCCAUCUGAUAAGAGGAGGAUAAUAUGUGAUGAGAAGCUGAAAGAGCUCUUUGAGGUCGACUUUUUCAAUGGAUUUACAGUUCCAAAGCUACUUGCUACUCAUUUCAUCAAGACAGAACAUUGAGUUACUCCAACCGGUUUUUAUGUUAAACCCAAGGAAAUGGGCAAUUUUGGUCAUGGAUGUAAUUUCAAAUUUGAACUUUUGUUCUGCUGACUCAAGUUAUGUAUCCUUCUUCAAAGUGGCAAAAGAGCAAUAGUAAAAGUGGAAUAGAAAUCAGUUCCUUUUGUCA